AUGAGAAGGUCAUCAGAAGCUGAAGUUCAAACUCCACUUGGGGUAAAACUUGAAGCUGCUACACUUUUAAUUGCAGAAAAGAAAAAGAGCUCCAUAUCUGGUGAAGCAAAAAAUGCUAUUGGGGAUUUCUUGGAUGAUGAGAAUGUGAUGGCUACUCUUCUCUUCUUAGGAGCUGGUGGACAUGUUGAGACUUCUGAGUUCUUGAAGAAGCUGGUGCCAUGUAUCUUAUGUGUUGGUACCUUGCUAAAUCCUAAUGUCAAAGGGUCCUCGCCUAAACAACUGCACAAAGUUUAG